AUGUGUGAAGGUUCCUCAGACUCGAAGCGUCCUCGUGGGGACUUUGAUGCUUUGUUUUGUCGAAUCGCUUGGCUGCACUUCGUCGCCCGCCGCGCUGGAUUUGUCCUUUUUUUGGUCAGUUUGCCGGUCGCGGACCGGUCCCGAGGCGGGCCUCUGCUCCGACGGGCGAUCGAUGCGUGCCGGAGACGCCGGUCUGACUCGACGCUGUCUGAACCCUCCACCGGGACCAAGGCCAGACGACCUUCGGUCCUCCGGUCGCGGCCACACUCGUUCUCCCUCUUGCACUCUCCCGGCCUCUCACUCUUGCGCUCGUCCCCGCCGGCUCGUCUGCUCAUUCGUCCGUCGGCCUUAGUCUCGGCUCUGGGUCUUGUCCGUUCGCCGCCGCCUCGUGUCGCGACGACACCUGUUGCUCUGAUUGUGUCCCUCUCGGCCUCUGUGGCUAGGCUGUGA